UGCCAACUGCCAGCCAGAAUCCCUCCAAACCGCACACACACACACACUUGGAACAAACAAAAUACCUCUCCACCUCCCGUACUUAAAUUCUCUCCUCUCCUUCACCACCUCACAUUCUCCCUCUCUCUUUUCCUCUCCCAUCCCAAAUUUUCUCAGUUACCCACGAAAGAGAUGGCUGAGACGACGCUGCUCCCAGAUCUCGGCACCCAAAUUCUCAUCCCUAUUUGCGCCUUGGUCGGCAUAGCCUUCGCUCUUGUGCAAUGGCUGCUCGUCUCUAAGGUGAAGCUUUCCACUGAUAAAUCCAGCUCCGCCGACGGGAAGAAUGGGUUCACCGAAGCGCUCAUCGAGGAGGAGGAUGGCGUCAGUGACCACUCCGUUGUUCGCAAAUGUGCCGACAUCCAAUCCGCCAUCUCCGAAGGUGCAACAUCAUUUCUCUUCACCGAGUACCAAUAUGUUGGUAUCUUCAUGGUUGCAUUUGCUGUCUUAAUUUUCCUAUUCCUGGGCUCUGUGGAAGGAUUCAGCACGAAGCCGCAAGCUUGUACCUAUGACAGCACCAAAAUGUGCAAGCCUGCUCUUGCGACAGCUGCUUUCAGCACCAUAUCCUUCCUUCUUGGUGCCAUCACAUCUGUGGUCUCUGGCUUUCUUGGAAUGAAAAUUGCCACCUAUGCCAAUGCCCGUACUACUCUAGAGGCCAGGAAGGGCGUAGGAAAAGCUUUCAUUGUUGCAUUUAGAUCUGGUGCAGUCAUGGGUUUCCUUCUUGCUGCAAAUGGUCUUCUGGUUUUAUACAUUACUGUCAACCUCUUCAAGUUGUACUAUGGUAAUGACUGGGAAGGUCUAUUUGAGGCUAUAACUGGUUAUGGACUUGGUGGAUCUUCAAUGGCUCUGUUUGGAAGAGUUGGUGGAGGUAUUUACACGAAAGCAGCUGAUGUAGGGGCUGAUCUUGUGGGCAAGGUGGAAAGGAACAUCCCAGAGGAUGACCCCAGGAACCCUGCGGUCAUUGCAGAUAAUGUUGGUGACAAUGUUGGGGAUAUUGCUGGUAUGGGGUCUGAUCUAUUUGGCUCGUAUGCAGAAUCUUCCUGUGCAGCCCUUGUUGUUGCUUCCAUCUCAUCUUUUGGGAUUAAUCAUGACUUGACCGCUAUGCUAUAUCCUCUUCUAGUCAGCUCCAUUGGAAUUCUUGUUUGUUUGCUGACCACUUUAUUUGCAACUGAUUUCUUUGAGGUCAAGACUGUCAAAGAAAUUGAGCCAGCACUGAAGAAGCAACUUAUUAUCUCCACGAUAUUGAUGACUGUUGGAAUAGCUUUUGUUAGCUGGGUUGGCUUGCCUUCCUCCUUCACAAUAUUUAAUUUUGGUGUCCAGAAAGAUGUUAAGAGCUGGCAAUUGUUUCUAUGCGUUGCUGUUGGUCUGUGGGCUGGCCUAAUCAUUGGAUUUGUCACAGAGUACUACACAAGCAAUGCUUAUAGCCCAGUACAAGAUGUUGCUGAUUCCUGCCGAACUGGUGCAGCUACGAAUGUCAUUUUUGGCCUUGCAUUGGGAUACAAGUCUUGUAUUAUUCCAAUAUUCGCCAUAGCAAUUAGCAUUUUUGUUAGUUUUAGUUUCGCCGCAAUGUAUGGAAUUGCAGUAGCUGCUCUUGGAAUGCUGAGUACCAUAGCCACUGGUUUGGCAAUUGAUGCUUAUGGACCAAUCAGUGACAAUGCUGGGGGUAUUGCUGAGAUGGCAGGCAUGAGCCACAGAAUCCGAGAGAGGACUGAUGCCCUUGAUGCUGCAGGAAACACUACUGCAGCUAUUGGGAAGGGAUUUGCUAUUGGAUCUGCUGCUCUGGUCUCCCUUGCUCUCUUUGGUGCAUUUGUGAGCCGUGCUGCCAUAUCUAGUGUUGAUGUUUUAACUCCAAAAGUUUUCAUCGGUUUGCUUGUGGGCGCUAUGCUUCCUUACUGGUUCUCAGCCAUGACAAUGAAGAGUGUGGGAAGUGCAGCUCUCAAGAUGGUUGAAGAAGUGCGCCGUCAAUUUAACACCAUCCCUGGUCUCAUGGAAGGCACCACUAAGCCCGACUAUGCAACUUGUGUCAAGAUCUCCACGGAUGCAUCUAUCAAGGAGAUGAUCCCUCCUGGUGCUCUUGUCAUGCUUACACCUCUCAUUGUCGGAAUUUUCUUUGGUGUGGAGACGCUUUCUGGCGUGCUUGCUGGAUCUCUCGUCUCUGGUGUUCAGAUUGCUAUCUCUGCAUCCAACACCGGUGGUGCUUGGGAUAACGCCAAGAAAUAUAUUGAGGCUGGUGCUUCUGAGCACGCCCGGACUCUUGGGCCUAAAGGAUCUGAUGCACACAAGGCAGCUGUGAUCGGAGACACUGUUGGCGACCCACUGAAGGAUACGUCUGGACCCUCGUUGAACAUUCUUAUCAAGCUAAUGGCUGUAGAAUCACUUGUGUUCGCCCCCUUCUUUGCUGCCCAUGGUGGAUUGCUCUUCAAGAUUUUCUGAAUAAUUUUUCCGGACGUAUUCUUCAGAGGAAAUAGUAGGUGGGAGUUCAAGAUGGACUGCACCAACACGGACCAGUUUGGAGAAGUUCGACCCAAGACGGGCCCUGUAUUGUUCGUGGCCAGGUUGGGGCCUUUGAAUGGGGCCAAUUGGGUGAAACUUUCAGCGUACGUUCGCCCCAUGGGUUGGCCCGGUUGAGACAGGACCAGCCUUGGUUGGUCCUGUAUUAUUAAUUUUUUUUAAUGAAUUGAGGUAUUCUUUGGAACAA